CUCGCCGCUGGUCGGCGCGGCGGUGGCGGAUCGGCGCGCGGUUUCUUGGGUUCCUGGUCUCCCGCUGGCGAUGGCGCCCGGCAGCUUGCGCUGGCUGCGCGGCCUGUGGAUUGCAGGGCAGCCUCUGUUCCAGGGCCGUGCGCUGCUUGUCACCAACACGCUGGGCUGCGGCGCCCUCAUGGCGGCGGGGGACGGCGCGCGUCAGUCUUGGGAGAUCCGCGCCCGGCCUGGCCAGAAGUUCGACCUGCGGCGCUCAGCGAGCAUGUUUGCGGUGGGCUGCAGCAUGGGCCCCUUCCUGCACUACUGGUACCUCUGGCUGGACCGCCUGCUCCCCGCAUCUGGCCUCCAAGGUCUCCCCAACAUCCUCAAGAAGGUCCUCGUGGACCAGCUGGUAGCCUCUCCCAUGCUGGGCGUCUGGUACUUCUUGGGCCUCGGCUGCCUGGAAGGCCAGACGCUGGGCCAGAGCUGCCAGGAGCUGCAGGACAAGUUCUGGGAAUUCUACAAGGCCGACUGGUGCGUGUGGCCCGCCGCGCAGCUGGUGAACUUCCUCUUCGUGCCCCCCCAGUUCCGAGUCACUUACAUCAAUGGCCUGACGCUGGGCUGGGACACAUACCUGUCCUACCUGAAGUACCGGGUGAGCACGAGCCCAGGCCUCCUGACACCCCCAGCCUGCGUGGCCCUGGACACCCGAGGGGACUGAGCUGCCAGUUCCUGGGACCGGAUGCCAGACAGAGCAAGGCUGAGCCCCAGCUAACCACCCCUGCGCCUGCUGGAGAACGGGCUCCUGCAGCAGCCAGGAUCCUGGGCCAUGUCACGGCCCCACUCCAACUCCUGAGCAUCUGGCUGAGUUGUCCCUUCCAAGCUGGGGCUCAGUUUCCCCAUCUGGAAUACAACCACAAAGAUAGAUGACCAUCCCAGCUCUUCUAAGUGGAGCCUCAUGUGACCUGUGACCAAGAUGUCCCAUCUCCAGCAUGGGGCCCCACCCAGCCAGCCAGUCCCAAGCACCAAGCCCUCAAACACCGUUGUGGCUCUGGGCCAAGCAGCCCAAAUGGGGCUUCCUCGGGCCCUGGGACAAAGGCAAGGACGUGGCCCAUCCCCUCAGCACAGGGUCAGGCCUGGAGUCAGCCCCCAAAAGCUUCAGGCAGGACUGAGCAACCUCUAGGUCUUCUCUGGUUGUGGACUGUGGAAAUUCCAUUAAAUUCUCUGUAAUUGA